GGCACGGAUUUCCACCCUGAGCUGGUGUUGCCUCUCUCCUUCCUCUUGGCCAACCUCUCUUCCACCAAUAUAAGCCCAAACUGGAGGCCAGCAGGCAGUCAUGCGUUUUAUGGCAGGCCCUGCAGGGAGCCAGAGUCUGGGUCCCCUGUGCUUCCACAGCAGCCCCCAAGCCCUCUACACGGUCCUCUUAAUAGUGCUGGUCAUGAUGAGCUUGGUGUUUGGUAAGUUUGUUCCUGUCAAUUGGGAACCCCCUCAACCACUUCCAUUCCCCAAAUACCUGCGCUGCUACCGAUGCCUCUUGGAGACCGAGGAGUUAGGGUACCUUCUGGGAUCUGACAUCUGCCUCACCCCGGCUGGCAGCAGCUGCAUCACUCUCCACAUAAAGAACAGCAGCGGUUCUGACGUCAUGGUGAGUGACUGCCGAAGUAAGGAGCAGAUGAGUGAUUGUUCAAAUACCCGAACUUCUCCGGUGUCUGGCUUCUGGAUAUUCUCUCAAUGCUGCUUCCUGGAUUUCUGCAAUGACCCUCAAAACAGAGGGCUCUAUACUCCUUAGUGUGACUGCAGCAAACUUUGGUGUAAAAUUCCACCAGUUUCCAGCCACCUUCCUGACUUCUAUCUGGGCUUGGCCAGGACUUCUAGUCCCUCAUACCAGCCCUCCUUGCCUCCCUCCAGCCACUGGACCCCAGCCUUGGCUCUUCCUCUUGGUUGAUGCCCUUUAGCACACUUACUCCUACUCUGCACCCCCCAGCCCUACUGCCCACCAGGUUUCCUCUCUUGUCCCCUAGUCCCUGGAUGUUUCUCCCAAAUAAAUUUGUGUGCAAACUGUU